UGCACCAAAACAUCUGAUAUGCCAAACUAUUACGGGUUGUCUGGCUUAUGCGGGUUAUUAUUAUUACGGGUUCUCGAAAGGUUAACAUUUUGGGAAGGUCGUGAUAAUGAUAAUUUGUGUACUCUCGGAGGUCGUAAUGCAUCAAAUCUUUAUCAUGAAAUUAUAUCUCAAAAACUUGAUGGGUUUGAAAACUUGACUAUGGAACAGGUAUAUGUUUGGUGGGCAAAAGAAUCAGCAGUAUUUUAUCAGUGUCAUGAUGAUCAAUAUAAAUCUGCAAAGUUACUUUCAAAUGAAAAUAAUUUUAAGAUUGUGUUCAUUUAG